UUUUUAUUUAUGACAAAACAUUGUGUUAACCUUCCACAAAUUAAGAAUAAUAAAGAUGAUAAUAUAGAGAGAAAAUCAAAUCGGGAAGUUAUGAAUCUACUAGAAGAGAAAUACAGAGAGAGAAGACAAGACACUCGCAUGAAAUUACCCAGUAACGACACGUACAACAAUAGCAAUAGCACAAAAUCAAACUUGAGUGUACAAAACGAUGAAUACGUUGUGAUCAAGUCAAGGAGCUUACCGCCAGAAACAGAAAUUGAAAGUUCGAAUCGGAAAAAAAUAUUUCAAGCCAGAAUUUUAAGUGCAAGAAUUCCAAGAUGCAAUUAUGAGGACUAUGAUGAUGAGUUUUAUGCACUAGCAUCAGAAAACACAACUCAUGCUGAAAAAUCCGAUCAAACUUCAACCCCCACCAUACGUUUUUCAAGUUAUGAAGAUUAUCUUAAAAACCAGGAAAAGGAAAAACAAAAUGUCAAACUACAAAAAGGCGCUGAGAUCAUAAAAUCAAGUUAUGAAGAUAACAAUAGUACAAAUAAACUUUUAAUCACAACAGAAAAUAAAAUCAACAAAACUGAAGAACAAGAACUUAAUCUUGAAAACCUACAUAGUCACAAGAAAGAAACACAGCAAUGUUCCGCAUGUAAACAUAUUACAAUUCUGCAAGAUCGUGUUUUAACCUUAGAGGAUCGUAUUGUCAAACUUGAAAAACAAGUUAGGCUGCUGACACAUGAAAGCAGUGAAGAAGAUGACGACAGCGAUGAUGAUGAUAAUGAUGAGAUUGAUGAUCUUCAGACAAACGAUUUAAAACAAAUUAUGGAUCUAACUAAUUCAACUGGACUAUGGAAUUCGACCACUCUUCAAAAUUUACUCAGAGAUAUCGAAAAUUGUUUGAUCACGGAUCGAAAAGCAAAAGCAAAUUUCAUCUUACGCAUUGUAAAAGGAACAAUGUCGUCAAAACUGUUGAAUCCCAUGCACAUUAUGAAUAUGGUUGAUGAUUGCAUUAAGAAUACUAGUCCCAUCCAUGCACUGGUUUUACUCUUAUGUGCAUCCAAUUUGUAUAGAAUAAGGCCAAAUCGCGAUGACGGUGUAUGCGGAAUUGGUGAUUGCUCAUAUAAAGCGCAGGUUGCAAUUUCACAAUUGAUUAAACAAGGAGGCAAACGAAAAGCGAUUUCGGGAGCUUUUGGACUUCAAGUUUUCCGUGAUAUUUUAUCCGAUUUACGUAGUUCAGCUGCUGGGCAUUCGAGAGUGAAGGCCAUACAGGAGGCGCGCUGCCUGAACAAUAUGGGUAUGAGUUAUGGUGCAAUUGGUUAUAUUCCAAAAGAGAUCAAAUUGUAUGAAGAAGGUAUUCAUUUAUUGAAUACAACAUUCGGUGUAGAUGCAAUACGAUAUCGCAUUUUGGGCGAUUUGAGAAAUAACUUGGGUGUUGCCCUGGCAGAGCUUGGCAAAUAUUCUGAGGCAAAAAAGUUUUUUGUUGGAGCGUGUGGUGCGUUUGAAAAAGCGGAAGAUUUAUAUGAAGAUGGAAAAGAAUUGUUAAUGAAUAGAGCAGAUAGUAACUUACAGCAAGUGCAAAAUAAACUGCAGAGCUUGCCUGUAUGUAAUGGUGACAAAGAUCGCUUACAUCAAGUGACAAAUACAAAUUUAUAUACCUCGUGUGACGACAUCAGAAAAUCACCGUUAUUUUCAUCGUCGGUGUAGGAUGAAACAAGAUGUACUAUGUACAGUACUGAUGAAUUGUAAAACGCCUAUUAUCUAUCAGAAUUGGCUAAUAUAUAUAUUUAUAUAUUUAGUUCGCAACCCUUAUUGCGAGCACCUCCAUGCUUCAUCGCCCUGUAUUGAUUUGCGUGAUUGCUUAUAUUGACUGUAAAAUUGCACAUAAAUAAUAUAAUAUCGACUUAUAUUAUGAAAAACAGAGCGAUGUGAUAUAAAACGAUGGGACUGAAACACGAACUAAAAAUUAAAUAUCUUAAUGGGUUAUUGCAAUCUGAAGCUUCUCAUUUUUAAUAAUCGUAAAUAUUUCGCAGUUUAGUAUUUACACCCAACAAAAUAAAGUUACUAUUUUAAACAAAAUGAUUCAAAUCAAAUUUUUGUUUUAUAUAAUAUAUUAUUCUUUUCACUCCAAUGUUUCUGUAAUAAUAGAAGAAUGAACCCACCAAACACAAUACGUUAUGUUAAAACCGAUGCUUUAUGCCUCAAGCAAGCAGCAUUAACAGUAUCGGUAUACUAAAUUUCAUAUGGGAUUCAAGAUAAGAAUCCCAUAAACAAAUAAGUUUUAGUAUAAUAUGUAUAAAAUAUAUAAAGUGAAUACGGAUAAAAGCUCACAAAUAGUGAUAACAAAUUUAACAAUAAUGUUUGAAUUAGAUUUCUUGUAAUGCUAAUGGAAGCUUGAAAAUGGAACUGACGUUGUUCAGGAGUCGGUUCGUGUCGUUUUAAUACCUAAGAAUUCUGCAACUGAGUAUUAUGUUAAAAUUUAUUCUAAAUCUUUAAACAAUUGUGUUGUUUAAACAUUUGAGUCAAGUUCAUUACUGUAAAUAUAUGUAUUCUUGAAAUUUGUCUACCACUUUUUGAUUUCAGCUUCUUUUGGAAAAGUGAAACUGUUUACAACAGAAAUGAUGAGUUGAUAAGAACAUACGAUAUGCAUAAAUCAUAGAAGGCUAUGCAUCAUCGACUGCUUAGUCUCAAUUCCUGGCUUUCAUCACAAUUAGUAGUGCACGUACAGGCAGUUUAGAUCCAGUCUAAAGUAUUUGCAUAACUGCUACUCAAUCAACAAUUUGCAACUUUGUAUCAUUUUUUCAUUUUGAGUGUUACCAAAAAUUCUACGAAUAUUCGGAUAUUGAGACUGUUUUAAAUUUUUUAAUAAUUUUUAUAUUCCAAGAGCAUUCAACCACUGAGUGCGGAGACACAAGAAGAUUAGAGCCUGAAAGAAUUUCCUAUCGAGGGCAUAGUAAAUGCA